CGGGAUAGCCCUUUCACCGAGGCUCCUUCUUCACAGGAGAUGCAAGUUUCGGCUAACACGGACGGACCCUCGAUGAGUGGCUACCUGGAGAGGGCCAAGGCCAACAGGAAGCAGUGGAAACGGCUCUGGUUUGUCAUCAUGAACAAAGUUUUGUCCACUUAUGCUGCCAGUGAGGACGUAGCAGCUUUGGAAAGUCAACCUCUUCUGGGAUUUUCUGUCCAAACAGAGAAACCCGAAUCUUCCCUGCAUUUUAAACUUUAUCACAAAAGCACUCUGCACUACAUUUUCAGAGCGAGUGACAGCCAGAUCUGUGACCGAUGGAUUGAAGCGAUCCAGGAAGCCAUGGUUCUCUAACCCUCCAGAACAGACCUUCAUACAUUCAAUCUGAUGAAAUCGACAUCUGCACGUUUAGUUACUGUGAAAUUGUGAAAUCAAUGUUAUGAAAUAUUUCUCCAUAACAUAUCUGAUCAUGCAUUAGCAAUAAAACACUACAAAUCCUUUUAUGAUGCCGUUAUAUUUACGCUUAAUGGCAAAUACACUGUAUUUAGGAAGUUACAUUCAAUAAAUUUAUUUUUAUACUA